AUUUUAGAACAGAGGCCAGCAUUUAGUCAUUCUGCAUGAAAGCUGCGAGCUCACUGCGCCGCUCAACUUCUCUCCAACUUUCGGACCAUUGGACUAUCUGUAGAUGUUUUUCACUUUUUUUUUAAUGUUCCCUACUUGGCAGAGGAUCAUUUGAUUGCCCCUGUUUAUUCGGAUACAGUUAUUUAACACUCAAAAAAGGACAAUGCCUCGGUCUUUCCUGGUUAAAAAGUACUUUGCCAAACAAAAGCCAAACUACAGUGAACUGGAAUAUCAAAACGAUACGUCACUGGACAGAUAUCCUCUUGCUGAGCUCUCGUCAGGAAGCAACACCUGCUUGACAGCCGGCCUGGUCUGGGACCUCAGUGUCCUUCCUGCCCUCUACUUGCCCACCUCCCAAACAGAGCCCUCCGCCACCCCGGGCCCUUUGGACCUCAGCUCCCCGUCCAGCCUCAGCAGCAAUGCCAGCGAUAGCGGCGAGGAAGACGAAGGCCGCACUUCGGACCCUCCCAGCCCGGAACCCGUCUAUGCCCCUCGCCAGCGGAUGAAAUGCACCGGCGUUAUAGCCCAUGUCAGUCCUCCGGAGGAAGAGGAGGCCCCCGUUACGGCGACCAGGCCUGCCUUUCUCUGCAAACACUGCCCUAAAGAGUACACCAGCCUGGGGGCUCUAAAGAUGCACAUCCGCUCACACACCCUGCCUUGUGUGUGCACCACAUGUGGAAAGGCCUUCUCCAGGCCGUGGCUGCUGCGCGGCCACAUCCGCACGCACACUGGAGAGCGUCCGUUCUCCUGCCCUCACUGCAACCGAGCGUUCGCCGACCGCUCCAAUCUGCGAGCUCACCUGCAGACCCACGCCGAAGUGAAGAAGUACCAGUGUGGCGUCUGCUCUCGCACCUUCAGCCGCAUGUCGUUGCUGCAGAAACACAGCUCCUCAGGGUGCUGCUCCGCCUCGGUGUGAGGGCGCCCCCGGUCGGGGGCGAGGGCCGGGGGGCAGAUAUGGCGGGACAAAAGUCCCCCCCCGCCCCCCAAGCUCAGGACAGUGGACACGGCGACAGGGACUCAUCAUCCGCAACAGCUUUAAUUGGAAGGAACUAGUUUCCGUUGUGGAUGUGAAUCGUACAAUCUUGAAGCUGUUGGACCAAAAAAGCUGACGCUCUACUUGAUAUCAGCCCCCCUUUGUUGCCAAUGUGUGCAUUCCAAAGACCAAAUAUGUACUGAACUCAUUGGGGGUAAGAGGUGUUCUUUCCUGUCUCCGUCCUGGUGCCGGACAGCUCAGGAUCACAGCCCAGACACAGCUGCUGAGAGGUAGGGGUGCGUGGGUGGUAUAAACCUCUCAGUGUGCCUCCAAAGACACACACACACACACACACACACACACACACACACACACACACACGCACAAACACAUAAAAGCCAUGGCACACACAGCUGUCCCUGGUGCUGUGGUGUAGAUAGACGAGGUGCUAACAGGUGCUUCAGCAGUGACCUUCGCUGGCGGAUAGCAGGUGACAUCCAUUGCCCCUCGCUUUAAAAAAAGAGCCUCACAAAAGGAAUAUUGUCUUUCUGAGAGAUGAUGAUCUUCUUAAGCCUCUAUUUUGACUACAAGGGUUUCGACGAUAGGAACUGCUCGUGCACUCAAGGUUACCACAGUGUUAAUAAUACCAGUCAAAGCCAUAAGUGAUUUAUGCUUUUAUUUUUGUCUUUUUUUUUCUCCCCUUUUUCUUUUACCUCAUUACUAUUUGUGCCUUUAAUUCAUGUGUGCAGUAUUAAAAUGAAUGAUAACCAAACAAGGCUGGGACCAAACAUUUGCAAAGUUUACACCAUGGAGACAUGGUUGCCUAAUGUGAUGAGAACCCCUUACAUGGACACUACAAAGAUGAGUUUCUAAAGUUUUCUAAACAUUUAUGGCAGUGUUUUUAUAGUGCAAUGUGUUAUUUCAAUUUUUGUACCCUGCUUGAUGUUCAUUCAAUAAAGUAAUUUAUGUUUA